AUGCUCUCGCGUGCCGCCGCCAUCCGUCGCGGCGCUGCGGCGGCGCUCUCCACAGUCUCGGAGAAGCCGGAGACGGGGCUAUACGGCUUCGACGUGCUGCGCACGGCGAAGGGGUUCCGCCGCUUCGUGGACGACGCCAUCCAGCGGUCGGACGAGCUCGUGGCACGCGUCGCGCUGCUGCCGUCGUCCCCAGAGAUAGUGCGGACCAUGGACGAGAUUUCCAAUACAGUUUGUUCUGUCAUUGAUUCGGCCGAGCUGUGCAGGAAUACACACCCUGAUAGGGAGUUUGUGGAGGAGGCAGAUAAGGCGUCAAUGAGGAUUUAUGAGCAUCUUCAGUACCUGAAUACAAACACUACUUUGUACAAUGCUAUACUGAAAGCUGAAGGUGAAAGUGUCCUGCUCACAGAGGAAGCUCGAAGAGCAGCAACUACCUUGCGCAUUGACUUUGAAAAAGGAGGGAUACAUCUUCCUAAAGAUAAACUUGAGAAUGCUAAUCAGCUGAACCUUGAGAUUGCCCAGCUGGGUAGAAAGUUCAAUGAAAAUGUAAUGAACAAACCAGGUUUUGUGGAUGUGUAUCCAGCUUCACGGAUUCCAAGGAACAUGCAGCGUCUUUUCAAGUCUGUUUCCCGUUUUAAUACUAGCAAACAGAUGAACACUGAAAAGCAAAAAGGCCUAAGGAUUGUAACAGAAUCAGGAAAUCUAUCAUCAGCACUAAGAUGGAUUUCUGAUGAGGAAGUCAGAAAACAGGUAUAUAUUGUUGGGAACUGUGAACCUCAUGAAAAUAUUGGCGUUCUUAAUGAACUUAUACAUGCUCGUGAUGAACUUGCAAAGAUUAUGGGAUGCAAAUCAUAUGCUGAAUUUGCUAUUCGUCCUAACAUGGCUGCAUCAGCUGAUGUGGUUAUGUCAUUUCUUGAAGAUUUGAGCAACAUUGUUAAGCAUAAAGCUGAAGAGGAAUUUAAGAUCAUACAGAAUUUCAAGAGAAGGACAUGUAAUGAAAAGAGCGCCAAUCUAGAACCCUGGGAUGAGGAUUACUUCAUUGGAAUGAUGAAAUCAUCUGUAUAUGACCUGGACACUUCAGUCAUUGCAAAAUACUUUCCCUUGUCGCAGUGCCUAAAAGGGCUAAAUGUUUUGGUUGAAUCAUUAUUUGGUGCAACAUUUCAUCAAAUUCCUACGAGGGAUGGGGAGUCAUGGCAUCCAGAUGUGAUAAAGCUCUGUCUCCAUCAUCCCGAUGAGGGUGAUUUAGGAUUCAUGUAUCUUGAUCUCUACUCCAGAAAGGGUAAACAUCCAGGAUGCGCUCAUUUUGCUGUCCAAGGGGGGCGGAGAUUAUCAGACUCAAACUACCAACUGCCAAUCAUCGCCUUAGUAUGCAACUUCUCAGGUGCUUGUGGAAUAACUGCAAGGCUUAACCAUGGAGAUGUUGAAACUCUUUUUCAUGAGUUUGGGCAUGCCCUUCAUUCUCUGCUGUCAAGAACGGAAUAUCAGCAUUUCUCUGGUACUAGGGUUGCUCUUGAUGUGGCUGAAACCCCCUCAAACCUGUUUGAAUAUUAUGCCUGGGACUAUCGUGUCUUGAAGACAUUUGCUCUAGAUGAAACAACUGGAGAUGCAAUACCAGAAAAGCUGGUAAAGGCACUAAAUGCUUCUCGGAAUAUGUUUCCUGCUACUGAGCUCCAGAGGCAGAUCUUCUACUCUAUAAUGGACCUAACCUUGUUUGGGGAGCAAGCAUCCAAGCCUAUGGACACGAUUUCCACUGUUGCCGAUUUGAGAAGGAAACAUACAAGUUGGAAAUACGCAGAAGGCACACACUGGCAUACUCGAUUUACUCAUCUCAUAACCUAUGGUGCUGGCUACUAUAGCUAUCUCUAUGCUAGAUGUUUUGCCACAACUAUAUGGCAAGAGGUAUGCCAAGAAGACCCAUUGUCCCGCAGUGCAGGCAGUGCCAUCAGGGACAAAUUCUUGCGGUUCGGUGGGUCAAAGGACCCAUCAUCCCUGCUGAAGGAUUUUGCAGGUGAUGCCAUCAUUAGAAACUCUGGGAGUGGAAUAAUCCCUAACAUUUGUUCCUUGUGUAAAGAAAUUGGAUUGUGA